CGGACGGAAACACCCGACUCCUUUCCGAAACGCAAAUAUUUUGAUGGACAAGGGAGACAGGAACGACAACUCUAAGCUGCUUACGCGUUUCGUUUCAGGAAAAUUGCGAUUUUGUAGAUUCCAGUUGUGCCCCAUGAUAGUUUUGACAACAUGGCAGAUUGGAGCAAAGCAAGAAAUGGGACCACAACUGAGGAGAUUCUUGACAAUGAAAACCAACUGCGCGUUGAAGGAUUAGCAAACAAAGUCUCUCGACUCAGAGGGAUUGCUUUGGAACUUGAAUCAGAUUCAAAGGACUCUGUUCGUUAUGCAGAUGGUAUGGUGUCAGAUUUUGGGAGUGCAGAGGGUCUUUUAACAGGAACAAUGAAUCGUCUUUCAAACAUGGUGUCAUCUGGCCGCAACAAUCGCCGUCUCAUGUGUUACAUCAUACUAGCUCUUGUUGGACUGUUUAUCAUUGCCUACUAUUUAAUUUCCCAUGUAACUGCAUCAUAGUUUCAAAUGUAUGUGUUUGGAUUUACAAUUGUCUCAUUUUUAGAUGGGUCCAUUUCACAGAGACAAAAUCUUCAAUCUUUUUCGUUUGAAUUUUUAGGGGGCAAAUAUAUAAGUAACUUAUUUAAAAGAAAAAAGUGUAUUUGUGUAUAUGAUAUACAAAUGUGUUUACAUGAGUGGUUUUUCAAAGGGUAUUAAAAUGAUAGUCAUUCGCUUGUCUCUCUGUAUAUACUCUUAACAAGUGGUAGUCAGGGAGAGUACCUAGCAAAAGGUUCAAAAAAAUAGUUGAUGAUUGAACAAAGUGCCAUCUGGACACACGAUUCACUCCCCAAAUGGUAGCAUUCCCAGAGGAUAUUUGCAGUUCAUUAAUGCUUCGUUUAUAUUUUGUUAUGACAGAUUGGUUUUCUUUUUCCUUCUUUACCUCUGCCAUUCGUCUCUUUGUUCCUUUCAUUGUCUAAUUUGAUUUUCUAACCCCUUCCAUGCCUCUAUUUUCUUGGUCAUUCAUUCUGCUUUACAUGUGCAAGUUGUGACAUAAGGGAAUUGAUAAAUUUAUAUGCUGCACAAAGUUUGUACAGUGCAUAUCCACAUUUUUCGUUGUGCUGUAGAACAGGGGUAGCCAACACAGUGCCCAUGGGCACCAAGUCACCCGCCUGGACCAUGUGUGUCGUCUGUGGGAUGUGUUGAUAUCUGGCCUGUCUAUACUAUUGUGUAUAUAAGUUUGUAUCAAAUAUCAUAUUACUCAGUAACCUUGAAAUAGCUCUCGGCUUCAAAAAGGUUGGUGACCCCUGCAGUAGAAGCAGGGCCAUGCUUAGAAGCAGGCAGAUGAGGCAUCUGCCAAGGGCCCCAAGCUUUUGAUUAAUAUGGUAACUUGGCUCCAAAUUUCUAUGCCUCAAGCCCUGCGGGGAUGGGUGGAGGGGGCUAACAACAGGCCUAUGUAAAGUACAAUCAUCAUCUAAUAUGUGUAAUGGCAUACUAUUUACAGUUUUUGGUUAAUGUUCUGUUGACAGUAUGAUUAGUUUUGAUUGUUGAAAUCUCUUAUACCAGUAUCACUGGGACAAUCAUCUGUGAUAAACUGAGGUAAAAGGUCAUUAAAAGCCAUAUAUCUAUA